GUGAGCAAAGCAGAAGGUAUUUUACUCCAAGUAAAGAAUGCACUGGGUGAGGGAACUGGCAAGGUAGCGCUACAAGAGAUGAGGAUGGAAUUCUAUCACAUUAUACAUCACAAAACUGAAAUGGAGUAUAAAGUUUCCAAAAAGCUGUUAUCUAGAAAACAGGACCUGUGUCAGCUGGCUAGAAACAUGCUUAAUAUACAUGAAACAAAUAUGUCAUGCCCAAAGCCAUCAUCUUUGGCCAGAUACCAGGCUCUGAGGUACAAGAUCGAAGCCGUUGACUCAGCGAGUUAGGAAUUUCUCAAUGUUGAACAACAAGUGUUAAAAACCAAUUACAAUGACUGUUCAGUGAGACUUUUACAAGUGUAUAGGGUUGACAGAAUAAGUAAAAGAGCAGAAUUUCUGAGCAGUCUUGGAAACAUUUGAUCCUUAUUCCACGCAUCAUCUGUGCACAACUUCAUGGGAAUUCUUUCCAGAGGACUCCUAGUGCCAAAAAUGGUUGUUGAAGAUCAUGGCCUGGAAAGAGCUGACACUGGGAAUCUGGGCAGUGGCAUUUACUUCAGUGAUUCUGUUAGCACUAGUAUUAAGUAUUCUUUACUCAGUGAAAUGAAGGGAACCCAGCUCCUGGCAGUUUGUGAUGUGGCACUUUGGAUCCUGCUUGGAUUUCUGUGAACGAGAUUAUUCAUUAAUAAUGCACCAUCAGGUUAUGACGGUGUGCAUGGAGUCCAUAAAACAGCAGACAUCUCUUCAGGCUUCCAGAAUGAUGAAUUUGUUGUCUAUAAAACCUGUCAGGUUAAAAUCAGAUAUGUUGUUAAGUUUUGCCUUGCUGAAGAUCAAAUAAAACCAUUUCAGCCUGCAAUUGGGGUGGAACUGGAGCAAGAUUACAGUGAGCCAGAGUUGCAAUGUCAUUUACAGCAUGAGAGCUAUGCAUUACCAAAUGCAAAUCUUUCGAAUCCUGUAAAAACUGGUUUUUAGGACAGAUUGGGAGAUCCUGUCCCUCUGGAAAGCGUUUAUGUCAAGCCAAGGAUAAUAGACCUUGUAGCACAGGAUGCAAUAAAAAAGGUUUGUGUUAAACAAGUAAAACCACAGAAAAAUGGAUUUUCAAUGGAUAUGUCUAUUGAGAUGCCAUCUAGUAUUGAACGCAUACAUAGUUGGACAUAUAAACUUAAAAUAAAGAAAACAGGAUGCAAGGCUGUAAUUAAGACUGUGGACAUUAGAGGCUUUGUUCUAGAUAUCUGGAUUUCUCGGGCCUACCUACCUUGGAUGUGGGUAGGGAAGCAUCCCAACAAAAUAAGUGAGGCUUGCAUGCUUGUGUUCCAAGCAGAGUUUGAAACAGCAUUUGAAGAAGAGCAGCUGGCCAGUGAAAUUAUUAUUUUAUUAGAUUGCUCGAAUUCUAUGGCAGGUUCAGCUCCACACCAAGCAAAGCAGAUUGCUUUACAUGUUUUGGAACUAUUUUUUCAAAGAGUGAAUGUAGUCAAAUUUGGCACAAAUUUCAUAGAAUUUUCUUCUUUUUCAAUGAACACAAUAAGUGAUUUGGCAUCACUUAAAGAGUUUAUUACAUCUGCUACCACAACAUCAGGAAACACUGAUUUAUGGAAGACCUUACAUUACUUAAGUCUGCUAUUUCCUUCUCAAGGACAAUGUAACGUUCUUCUUAUAUGGGAUGGACACCUUCAGAUUGAAGUGACCUUCCAGAUUGUGAAAGAUAAUGUCCAACAUACAAGGUUAUUUACAUGUGGUGUUGGUUCCACAGCAAAUCAACACAUGCUGAGAUCUUUGUCCCAAUAUGGUGCUGGAGCAUUUGAAUACAUUGACCCAAAAUCAAAGUACAACUGGGAGGUAAAGAUACAGAGACAGGUAUUUAGAAUAUUUUCUCCAGGAUGCCGUUCAAUUUCUAUUAAAUGGCAACAGUUUAAUACAGGUGCAGCAGAGCCAAUGCAGGCUCCUGCUCAAAUACAGGUUUUUUUACAAGGCAGGCUAACUACAACAUUCCAGGAUGGCUCUUGGAAUCUGAGCCCACAGUUGGGGAAAAUCUUGACAUUUGAUGUUGGUCAUUUAAUUAACAAUUUCCUUAUUAGAAAAGGCAUUCAGUCAUUGGGGCCCAAAUGGAAAAGAAAGCUACUGCAGUUGAUUGCUACUCUUCAUGUGGUACAGUUCAUAUGCUGCCCAAAGGAACUGAAAGGGAUCGUUUUCAAGACACUGAUGAAACUCGAUGAUUCAUCUAAUUCAAGUGGUGUUCACUGGGCUUUUGAGUUGAUCAAGAAAGAAAUAGAGUACGUAAGAAGAGUUGAGAGGUGAUUUCCAUCUAUUUGCUAUUGACUUGAACUUGGGAAAGACUAGGAUUCUGACACCAAGAAGAUACUGGGUAUCUAG